AAAAAAAAGUUGUUUAUUUCAUGGAAAUGUUCUAUCAAUUACAAUAAUACAGUUAUUCACUAAAGCCGGCAUUGUAACAAUACCGAUAAAGAUAUGAAAAUGUAUAUGUUGUUAUUUAUGUAGUACCAUUAUCUUAAACACCACACGAGAUUAUGACAUCAAAUUCAAUCGACUAAACUCUCUCAGUUGUUAAGUUAUGGCUGGCUGGCGCAAACUUGUCUUUUUCGCUACGAAUAUUCUUGGCUUAAGUUGUUUACAACUGCAAGAUUUGGGCGGACAAUGGUCACUUACAGAAGCAACAGGAAAAUACAAUAACCUAAAUGCGACUGUACCAGGUGGCAUUUACACAGAUUUAAUGCAAAACAAAAUUAUUGGUGACAUAUUUUACGGAAACAAUGAUACUGAAACUCGGUGGGUGGCUGAGACCAAUUGGACUUAUAAAUACCAAUUUGCAGUCGACGACAGUAUUUUAAACCAUAGCACUGUUAAUAUAGUGUUUGAGGGACUUGAUACUUUUGCCACAAUUUUAGUCAACGAUGUUGAAAUUGGCACAAGCCAGAACAUGUUUGUGCGGUACAUUUUCGACGUUAAGGAUGUUCUAAAGCUCGGAAAUAACAAUAUUGAGGUGCGAUUCGCCUCUCCUAUAAUAACGGCCAAGGAAUUGUCUUCAAAACAAGGCUACGACGUGCCGCCAGUCUGUCCACAAGACGUACAAAAUGGGGAAUGCCAUGUAAAUCAGAUUAGAAAAAUGCAGGCAUCUUUCUCAUGGGACUGGGGCCCAGCGUUCCCUUCUAUGGGUAUUUGGAAGGAAGUAUACUUGGAGGCAUUCGACUCGUCUGUGAUUCGCUACCUCCUGGUGGAUUACGACGAAACCUCGGACGAUUCCUGGAUGAUAACAAUAUCUGCAUAUUUAAGCGCCACGAAAGGAAAAACCCUAGAAGGGAAACUCCGCUACACUUUGGAAACUGACGUAUCUUCAAUCGAACAAAUAGUGGAAGUUAAUGAACCCAGUAACGACAACGACGAAAUCAAAAUUGACUAUUCCUUCACAGUUCCAAAGAUUACAGUCAGAAAUUGGUGGCCCAAUGGCUACGGCGAAGCCAAACUCUACGCUUUAAGCGCACAGUUCCAAAGCGGCUCAGAAGUAAGCUCAAAAAACAUAAAAAUAGGUUUCCGAAAAAUAGAAAUAGUUCAGGAACCCAUUGCGUCUGGACUCAGCUUCUACUUUAAAGUAAACGACGUUCCGAUAUUUGCAAAGGGGGCGAAUGAAAUCCCUAUUGAUAUUCUUCCCGAAAAGGGACAAAAUCCUGAAACCAUAGCGAAAAUUUUAGAAAGUGCGCAUGCCGCCAAUAUGAAUAUGUUGCGCGUUUGGGGAGGCGGAGUCUACGAGUCUGACUAUUUUUAUCAAAAGACGGAUGAACUAGGGAUUUUGGUAUGGCAAGACUUUAUGUUCGCCUGUGCCAUGUAUCCCACUUAUCCCGAAUUUUUAAACAACGUUAGAGUCGAAAUUCGGCACCAAAUUAAACGUCUUCACAGCCACCCAAGCAUUGCGCUUUGGGCUGGUAACAACGAAAACGAAAUAGCCUUAAUGACUGACUGGUACAACACUAAAAAAAAUCUCACUCUUUUCAAAAACGACUACUUGAAACUGUACAUAGGUACAGUUCGCUCAGAACUACUCAAUAUUACAAACAAUGUCUUGUUUCUUUCAUCAAGUCCGUCCAAUGGUGAAGAAUCCGAAGAAGAACACUAUCUUGCGAAAAAUCCCGGAGACCCGUUAUUCGGAGAUGUUCAUUUCUACAACUACUUGGUCAACAGUUUAGUCUCAACGACUUAUCCAAUUCCAAGGUUUGCGUCUGAAUACGGUUAUCAAUCUCUUCCUGACGCUGACACUUGGUUGACUGUCACCGACGAUGUAGAUAAUUUAGAUCCGGGGAGUGUUUUCAUGUACCAUAGGCAACACCACGUGUUAGGAUUCGCUGAAAACAGUCUCUUAAUCGGUUACCAAUUAAACCUCAACAAGUCGAUACCAGACUAUUACAAGACUUAUAUCUUUUACUCACAAAUUGUGCAAGCUUUGUCAAUAAAAUUUGAAACUGAGUAUUAUCGCAGUUUCAUGGGUCGGGUUGAUUCUGAAGGAAGAGGUAACACAAUGGGUGCUCUUUUCUGGCAGUUAAACGACGUCUGGGUGGCACCUACGUGGUCUGGAAUAGACUACACAGGCAAGUGGAAAAUGUUACAGUAUUAUGCUAUAGAAUUCUUCGCACCGACGAUUAUAACAGGGUAUUUAGACGUUUCAAGACAAUUUGCAAUUUACGCCAUGUCGGAAAUCGUUUCUUUAGUAGGUGUAUCUCUAGACGUGUCUGCAGUCGUAGAAGUUUACAGCUGGAGUUCGUUCGAACGAGUCGGUUUCUCCGAAUACAACGUCACUUUGGAAUAUGGAAAAUCCGUCGAAGUCAACGUGAUUGACACCGACAGCUACCUUCAAAGUCUCGGCUGUGGUUCUUUGUCCGAAGCACGAACCAACUGCUUCUUCUACCUCACUCUUCUCUCCGGCAACGCCGUCAUAGCACCACAUAAUCUAAUCAUGGCAACCUCCCUCAAACAAUCAAAUUUGACGAAAACCACCGUUGAAAUUGUCUCAAUUCGACAAGUAGACACUCAAGCCAAAAAAUUCGAGAUUUCGAUCCAAGCCGAUGGUGUUAGUCUUUUCGUUUGGUUGGACUCCCACCAAAUCCGGGGCAGGUUUAGCGAAAACGGAUUCGCCCAGAUUGGUCCCACCAAAAAUGUUAGUUUUCAAGCAGAAGAAGCGACUUCUGUUGCUGAGCUAGAGACAGUACUUACAAUUGUUCACUUAAACAACGCUGAGUAUCAGUAAAUAAAUCUUUGAUAACGA